GGGGUGGUGGGGUGGUGGGGUGGUGGUGGGGGAGGUGUUUUCGUGGUGAGGUGAAGGUGAAUGAACGGUUGUAGGAAAAUCUUCAAGAAAGAGCCGCAACUUUUCUUCACACGAGCGAACUCUGCGUGACGGGUGAGAAGACGUGACCCUGCCACCGCUUGGCGCUGCAAAGCUACUUAGUUAGUCUAGUUUUAAUCCAACAUCCCUGUCGGUAUCCAGAAAAAUUUUGGGCAACUUUAUUUGACUGACGGCUCGAUUUUAACGGGUGCGAGUUUUGCUUUGCUUUGCGCGUGUUCCAGACAUACAAGACCAGACCCCGCCUACCUACCUACUUCCUACCUACAACCUUCGUCGCCCGCGCGGAAACAAGAAGAAGGACACAAUUGCAUAAUGGCCGCCAUCAAGAGAAAACAGGACAAGCCCGUAGCAGCGGACAGGAAGAAGGUCAAAGUCGAGGCCUCCGCGAAAUCGGCAGUAACCAAGAAGACCGCUGCGAAAUCUGCGCCGCCGCCCGCCGCCACGGCACCCCCGAAGUCGAAGAAGCCUGUCAAGCCCGUUGUCCAGGAGCCAGAGUCGGAGUCGGAAGAGCCCAGCGAGGACGAGGAUGAGGAGUAUGGUGGUGUUGCCGCCGCCGACGAGGAGGACGACGAGGAUGAGGACGGCGAUGAGGACGAGGACAUGGACGAGGACACCGACGAGGCGGAUGAGGACGGCGAUCGGCCAAUGAAAGAUGCGGGUGAAAAGACCGAGGAAGAGAUUGCGAAAGCGAAAGCUUCAAGAAUUGAGCAGAAACGGCUGAUCGCCGAACGCAAGCAAGCAAAGCCUCUGGGCGACGUCAUCCAGAAGUCGAAGAAGAUCUGGGAGCAGAUCCGGCGGAAAGACCUGUCGAAGGAGGAGCGCACGAAGAAAAUUGAGGAGCACCAGGAGAUGAUCCGCGGACAGAUCAAGGAUCUCGCCUUCAAGCACGACACAUCGCGCGUGGUCCAGACGGCGCUGAAGUACGGCAGCAAAGCCAUCCGUGAGGAGGUCGCGAAGGAGUUGAAGGGCACCUAUGUCAACCUGGCGCAGAGCAGUUACGGAAAGUACUUGGUGGUCAAGGUUAUGCACUACGGCUCGCCCGAGACUAGGACUUCGGUGGCUGGAGAGUUCGUUGGUCACGUUAAGAGGUUGAUAAGGCACCGCGAGGCUUCCUUCGUCAUCGAGGAUAUCUACAGGGAGUACGGUACUCCGGAGCAGAAGGCUCAGAUGGUGCGGGAGUUCUACGGUGUGGAGUUUGCGGUGUUUGGCAAGGAGGCAGAUGCGGAUCCGUCGCUCAAGAAGAUUCUGGAGAAGAGCCCGGAGAAGCGCGCGGUCAUCCUGAAGCACAUGUUCGAUCUUCUGACGGCCAUCGUCGAGAAGGGAGCCUUUUUUUUCACAAUAGUUCACCGCGCUAUGCUGGAAUUUGUUUCUAAUGUUGCACCUGGCACAACCGAUGCGACCGAGUUCGUAGAGCUGGUGAAGGAGCACGGUGCUGAGGUUGCUUUCUCGAAGGAUGGUACGCAAGUCAUGAUGAGGACAUUGGCUCUUGGAAACGCAAAGGACCGCAAAGCCAUAAUCAAAGUGCUGAAGCCUGUAGCGCACCAGAUGGCGGCGCACGAAACCGGCCACGCGCUCCUGCUGACCCUGAUGGACGUUGUCGACGACACAGUACUGGUCAACAAGUCGAUAUUUGGCGAAUUCCAAGAACACCUUUUCCCGCUGGCCACCAACAAGUUCGGCCGGAUACCACUACUUUACCCCUUCGUCGGUCGCAAAAACCGAUUGAUCCCACCUCCAGUGAUUGCCCAGAUCGAGGAGAUAGACCAGAUUCGCGCCGCCACAAGCAAAAAGGACCCAGAAGUGCGCCAGUCGGAGCUGCGUACACACCUAUCACCGGCAGCACUGCAAGGCGUCGCCGAACAUGCGGUGGAUCUGGUGCAGGAUUCAUUUGGAUGCCAGUUCAUUGCGGAAGUCCUUUUAGGCGCCGAUGGUGACAAAUCCGCGGCGAUGGCCGCCGUGGCCAGCCUCGCCUCCGGCUCGCCAACAGAAGAGUUUCACAUUGCGACGACCGCUGCAGGCGGACGCAUGCUCAAGACGCUGGUGGCCGGUGGACACUACAACAACAAGCUGAAGAAGGUCGACACGAUCACGCCGCCGCUCGGCUUCCACGAGGUGCUGUACGACGCGAUCGCGCCGAACGUGCAGGCGUGGGCGACCGGUGCCGGCUCGUUCGUCGUGCUGGCGCUGCUAGAGACCGAGGGGUUCUCACGUGCCGGGGAGCUUAAGGCACAGUUGGUGAAGUGCAGGAAGGAGAUUGCAAACGCGGCGAAGGGGGGGAAUAAGGGCUCUGCGGUCGUCGAGAAAAAGUUGUGAUUUGGUACGAUUUGGUGUGAUUUGUACAUAUAUCGAAAGACUAGGUAGUUAUGGUAGUUGCAAAAGACACCGGUUGGGCAGGCAGGCAGGCAGUCAGUCAGUCAGUCAGUCAGUCAAUCAGUCAAUCAGUCAAUCAGUCAAUCAGUCAAUCAGUCAGUCAGUCAGUCAGUCAGUCAGUCAAUCAGUCA